UUUAAAAGGUGACUUAAAUAAUUUUUACAUUUAAAAUUUUGAGUGGAAUGAUGGAGCCUAAGCCUAAAAAUGACAAUUCUAUGGCAGAGGACUUCUUUGCAGGAGGAGUGGCUGCAUUAUUGUCUAAAACUCUUGUAGCUCCCAUUGAAAGAGUCAAAAUCCUUCUACAGGUUCAAGGGUCUAUAAAGAGAACUCACCCUGAAAAUCAUUACAAAGGAAUACUUGAUUGAUUUUAUACAAUAACUACAGAGCAGGGAUAUCUUUCUCUUUGGAGAGGAAAUCUUGCAAAUAUUUAUAGAUAUUUUCCAACUCAAGCUUUGAACUUUGCUUGCAAAGAAAAAUAUAAGCAAUAUUUAAAUCCAUAUGAUAAAGAAAAGCAACCAGCCAAGUUCUUUUAUGGAAAUAUUAUUUCUGGAAGUGCCGCUGGAGCCACUUCUUUGCUAAUAGUUUAUCCCCUAGAUUUUGCUAGAACUAGACUGGCAGCUGAUUGAGGAAUACACAGCCAACGGCAGUUCUCUAGCCUUUCAAAUUGUAUCCAAACAAUUUACAGUAAAGAACAAUUGAGAGGUCUUUAUAGAGGAAUAAGAGUUUCUCUCCUAGGAAUUGUCGUAUAUAGAGGAGCUUAUUUCGGUUUAUAUGACACAGGAUAUGCAAUCUUAUUUCAAAAUAAGGAAGAUAGAACUUUCACAAAGCUAUGGGCUUUUGCCCAAGUAACAACUCUCCUUGCAUGCAAGAUCGCGUAUCCCCUCGAUACAAUAAGGAGGAGACUUAUGAUGCAAUCAGGAGUAAAGAAUAAAAUGUAUCAUUCAACGUAUGAGUAUCUUUGACAAAUUCAUGCAAAAGAAGGCAUCCUAGGAUUUUUCAAAGGUGGAGCUUCAAACACCCUUAGAUCGAUCGGUGGAGCUUUAGCUUUAGUAUUCUAUUCAAAAAUUAAAAGUCUGAUUGAAGAUUAUUCUAAUAAAAUCUAA